AUGCAUACCUCAACUAUUUCCAACCAAACUGAUCGCACCGGAACCGCCCCAGCCCUCCGCUACGACGGCGCCAGCUAUUUAGCCGGUGUUCCAUCACGUAAUGAGAUCGUAGCGGAAUAUGAUAACGGGAUGACUGCUAUACUCCAACAAAGCCUAUCUGACAAGCAACACAUACAUUUUAUGCCUACUGAAGUUAGUGAUGAUACCUCCGAAUAUGUAAAUGGUAUCUCCUCCUAUAUUUUGCGUAUUACUGGUACUUUGAUUAAUGGACAAAAAGCAGUCGUAAAAAUUACAGGCAUUAAGCCCUUCUUUGAUGUCGAAGUACCUGAAGAGAUGCCACUAUCUACAUUUAAGAUCAGAUUAGUAAAUAUAUUAUCCAAUACUCUCAAAGGUACAUCAAAAUUUGGGAUUGAGAAUAUUAGUGCUUUCCCACUUCAAGGAUAUCAUACAGAGAAAAAAUUAUAUAUACGUAUUAUUACUUGGAAUCAAUUUGACCGGUAUAAUGCGUUAAAGGCAGUUCGUGAAGUCGGUAUCCGUACAGCUUCUGAUGAUCUAACCCCAAUAUAUUAUUACCGCAAAGUAGCCCGUGAAAAAAGAUUACCUCUUUCAAGUUGGGUAACAUUAAGUAAUUAUUUUCACGAAUACAUUCAAGGGGGUACUCAUCUCUUCCAAGUUUCUGUGAAUAAUUACAAUCCAACAAGUGAGGACGAUUAUAAUAAUCCAUUAUUCUCUUUGGCCCUUUUACGGGACCGGACUCUAGUUCUCACAUGGGACAUAGAGACAUAUAGUUCGCUUGGACUAGGUAAAUUUCCUACUGCGCAGAGCGAUGAAUCUAACGUGUUCAUGAUUUGCAUGUCAGUUCAUUGGAAAGAUGACCCUAAUCCAUUAAAACAAAUCUGUCUCGUAGAUGUUGAAACUGCGCCAGAUCCUAACUGGAUCACGAUUAUAUGUGGAUCCCAAACCAAUUUGCUAAAAGCUUUCGCCUUGUGUCGGGAACUAUUAUCCCCAGAUAUACAAAUAGGAUUUAAUGAUUCUCAAUAUGAUUGGCGAUUUAUUGUGGAGAAAGCUAAGAAGCUGGGAGUUCUCGAAAGGAUGUUCAAUCAAAUGUCAUUAAAGCCAUUGAGCCUGGAAAAAAUUACAAAAUGGCAAUACCAAUAUAACAAGAUAAAGGUUAAUGAUAUGCCAUUUCAUUCAAAGCAUCUCAAUACCCCGGGAUGUGUAGCUAUUGAUGUCCGACCUUGCUUUAUGAAAUUAUAUUCUAAGGCCGAAAAGAGCAGUUUAGCGUUCUACCUAAACGAAUGUGGGCUCGAAAGUAAAAUGGACAUAUGGCAAGCCGAGCUGGACUAA